GUUCACUGCACAUCACUCUAUCAGCGGGCUUUCUGGGGAAGGUGGUUUGUGUAAGCGUCGUACACCGUGUCUGAUUUUCCGUUGAGGGGUUUGCGCGCGGAAAACCUUUCGCACUUGUUCCGCGCGGUGGCGAUUCGUUUGCGCCUAAGAUGUGGACGGAGAGCACACGCAACUCUACAGCGAAGAGUAGCGGCUCGGAAGGCAAGCCCCAACUCAUCCCCCCCCUCCCCCUCGAGAAGAUUCGCACGGCGCACAGCACGCCCCUUAUUGCCUGCUGCUUCCAUCGCACCAAAGCCUGGACAUCCAGUAACAAGAGACUCACACGUCAGAGAUGCGGUCCUCGCUCAAUAUUCCGAGACAAGGACGUCAAUGAGGCGUCGUCGUCGUCGGGCGAUUCAUCCGCUGGAAUGCCGUCUUUCCGCCAGUCUGAGACAUUAGCGAGAACCCCCCGGCAUGAGAUGCCUCCUCUGAUACCAAUGGAGAACUCCAGCAGCAGCCCCCACCACAUUUGCGUCUGUGAGGAAUGCAAAAUGACUACACUGGGACGCCGCAGCCACCCUGCCGUCAAUGCAGCGUUUCUCGUCCGCAGCACGUCAUCGACAAUCCCUUCCUCUCGCUAUCUUGUUACCCAGCCUCCGCACCUGAGCCUCAGCAGCGACAAUCUCGGAUCUAUGCUGAGUGAGGAGCCGGUGCUCUGUGGUGAGGAGGAUGCCGCGGCAUUCGACGAAGGGCCCCCUCCUGCUGAUGUUCCCAUAAUGCCCCUCCACCGCUCUGUCUAUUCUGAGCAGAUACCGUCUCCAAUGAUGCCUGUGGAGCCCGCUAAGCCUGCCGUCUCAUGUCAGAGUUCCGCUGCACCGUGUGUGGCCAGCCCCACCGACGCAUCGAGCCUCUCUGUCGAUGAAGAUGAAAAGAGAGACCCAUCAACGCAGAGGCCUAGGCAGCGGUUCCAUCUCAGGCUGACCAUUCCACUGAUGAGACCGAGAGACACCAGACAGCAGCAGCAGCGAGAAUCGUCACAGAAGCCAUCUCCCUCUCUGUCUGUCGGUUCUGGCCUGGCGACGGCAAAGGUGCCAUUUCUUGCCCCACCCGACCGCCAUUCGCCGUUUCAGACACCCAGAUCCCCGUCUAAGCUGAUGAUGCACACUUCGCCCAUAUUUCGGAUUGUUAGAGUCAUGAAGGGGUGACCGUGUGCGUGCCUUUGUGGAUGUCGGGUGGAUUGGUUG